CUUCCUUCCUCUCACACUGCAAACAGGCACUUCUCCCUCUCAACCCUCAACCCUUCUUCUUUCAAUCUCGCCCACCUCUCAACGCUCAGUUGUUCCUUGACCCUUAUCUCUCUCCCUUACUCUUACACGCAUUCUUUUACUCACGACAGCGUAAUGGCCCCCACAAAGCGCAAGGCUGCUCUUCCAGCGCCUGCUCUUGCCAAGAAGUCUCGUAAAGUCGUGGAGCCAGAGCCAGAGUCUUCCAGCGGCGAAGAGUCCUUUGAUGACAUGAUCGACGAAGAAGAAGAAGACGACGACGACGAGGAUGAGGACGAGGAUGAAGGCGAUUAUAUCGAAGGAUGAAGAGGAGGAAGACCAGGACGAGUUCAUGGCAGCAGCCGAGCACGACGCCUCAUCAAAACCGCAGAAUCUCGCGGGUGUGAAAAACUCGUCUCUUUACAAAGCACCGACGAACGAGGAAAUCCAGGGAUUACAGGAAUCAUCAGAUCUGUUCAAGUCCAACAUUUUCAAGCUGCAGAUCGAGGAGCUGCUGAAAGAGGUUCAGGUCGAUUAUAAGAAGGCCCAGCCACUGGAGGCUGCUCUCCGCAAACUGAAGGAUAUCUUCGAUCGCACGCCGGAGCAUCAGGAACUUUCUCUCGCUGCUAUCAAGAGCAACAUGAAGAAAAAGUCGGUUGUCAUCCCAUUCCCUCAACCAGAGCCAGCGGCCGAUAUUCAAUAUACAUUCGGUUACAGCGCCCCUUCCGCCAUGCACCUCGUCGGCAGUUUCCCGUUGAAGACCGUCUCAAAGAACCGCCAUGGCUGGAGUGUAGAUGUCGCUGUUGAGAUGCCAGAGGAGCUCUUCCAGGAGAAGGAUCACAUGAACUAUCGCUAUUUUUACAAGCGCGCAUACUAUCUUUCCGUGCUUGCUGCCGCUGUUCGGGAUAAGAAAUCGGGCAUGUCCAACUGCAAGACCGAGUUCAGCACGCUUAACGGAGAUCAGCGCAAGCCUAUUUUGAUUCUGAACCCGUCUGGAGAUAAAAGCGAGACCGACUUCAAAAAGAUGCGGUGUACUAUUCGAAUUAUUCCCUAUAUCCCUGCCUCAGUAUUCCCCGCCCAGCGACUGGCGCCCGGUCGUAACAACGUGCGUUCAGCGGAUAUCACGGAACAGCCCCCAACUCCUCAGUAUAACACAGCCCUCCAGCAGGACACCGCCUUCACAUCUCAUCUCGCCUUCCUUUACCAGCACAGCAAAAGCUGUUCCGGCUUCAAAGACGCUUGCAUCUUGCUUAAGGUCUGGGCUACACAGCGCGGACUUCUUCGCCGUACUAGCGAAGGCUUCAAUGGAUUCUUGUUGGAGAUGCUGAUGGCAUAUCUCUUGCAAGGCGGAGGCGCUAAUGGAGGAAAGAAACUGGCGAACGGAUUCAGCUCAUACCAGCUCGUUAAGGGAACUAUCGACUACAUUUCACAGCACGACUUUGAUGCCCAGCCUAUCUUUAUGGGUCAGAACACGACAUCAGGAGAAUUCUCUAAGGAGGCCUUUACCGGGAACUUUGAGGUCGUGAUCGUCGACCCUUCAGGAAAGAUCAACUUGGCAGGACAUGUCUCCAAAGCAGCACUUGAUGAGCUCCAGCACGAGACCCGUCUGGCCAUGAAAUUCUUUACAGAGUCCAGCGAUGACAAGUUCGAGGCGUUGUUCUUGAAGAGGGUCGAUAAUCCCAUGUUGCGCUUCGAUAAUAUGGUCAAGAUCCAUGCACCCAAACAUCUCGGACAGCUGAAGAGCUACACCAAGAAGGCGGCCCUGGACUAUCCUUCGCCAUUCAUCCAUUUCGCUCACUCGAUCGCGCCCCUGCUCAAGCGCGGUUUGACAGACAGAGUUCACCUUGUCGCCACUCGUUUCGAUCCCCUGGAGAACUGGGCUACAUCAAGCGCAGCGCCCGACUUUGGAUCAAACUCUGUUAUCACCAUCGGACUUUUGUUGAACCACGAGGAGAGCUCGCGUCUGGUCGACCUGGGGCCUCCUGCCGAUGAUCUGGAGACUGCCAAGGUUUUCCGCGAGCUGUGGGGCAACAAGGCAGAGCUUCGUCGUUUCAAGGAUGGCAGUAUUCUUGAGAGUGCCGUGUGGGAGGCGCAGGGAACGGAUGCUCGCCAUUUGAUUGUCGGACAGAUGAUUGGUUACUUAUUGAAGCACCAUCUCUCCGUACCUCAUGACUCGGUGCACUACUGGGCUGGACAGCUCAACAAGUUUAUUCAAUACAACAGCAAGGUCGUCCCUGAGCGGCUUUUUGACAACAAGACUGCCGCCGCCAGUGGAUUCCAGUCUACCGUCGCUGCCUUUGAGUCACUCACUAAGGCCGUCAAGACUGCUGAGGAUAUGCCCCUUUCCGUCACCCAUAUGUACUUUACCUCGCCUGCCGCACGUCUCUCAUCGACCUUUAUUCCCCACCCCCGCGACUUCAACGUACCAGCAACCAAUUUCCCGGACAGUGCCCAGUAUGUCGAGCCGUUGGAUGUUGUCAUUCAGUUCGAGUCCUCACAAAAAUGGCCUGACAAUUUGAAGGCGAUCCAGAGAAUGAAGACGGCGUUUUACCUCCGUUUGGCCGAGAAGAUCAAGUACAAGGGCAUGCGCGCGACCGUUGUGGAGGAGACCGAGGAGGAAUCCUUGGGCGUGAAUGGAUACAUGGAUGUUUGUGUUGCACCUGGUUACGUGUUCCGCUGCAGGAUCUCCCACGAACGUGAGAUUACCCUGUGCGAGAAUGUGAUCUCGGACCGCAAGUCGAGCCACAGCCUCAAGGAGCAGCACCAGAAGGCACUGGAUCUCUACAACAGAUACUUUGUCCAGGCACCGAUGCACACAUUCCAGCUUCACGCUCUCUGCCACAGGCAUCCUUCGCUCUCACAGACGAUUCGCUUGACAAAGCGCUGGGUGAGCGCUCACUGGCUCGCACCGUUCUUCAACGAUGAGACCUUGGAACUCCUGGCUGCUGCGGUCUACGUCGACCCAGCACCGUGGGCGGCCCCUGCCAGUGGAUUCACCGGAUUUGCUCGUGUGUUGAACCUGUUGGCAAGCUGGGACUGGAAGCACGAGCCCUUGGUGGUCGACUUGACUGGAGAGAUGACUGGCAAGGAGCGGGAAGAGAUCCGCCACAACUUUGCGAACACGCGCAAGAACAUGAUUGCAUCGACAUCGGCUACAGCGCCCCAGGUCAAGACGACAGCGAUCUCGAGCGAUCAUGCGACCAUGUUUAUUGCCACGGGCAAGGAUACGUUCUCAAAGUGGUGGACCUGGCAAUCGCCGUCACCGAUGAUCGUGGCCCGUUUGCGCACACUGGCCAAGACCAGCUUGGACCAUAUGACGAAGACGAUGUCCUCAUCCGAGACGACGAGCUCCUCGGCGUUAAACGCAAUCUUUAUUACACCGACGGUGCACUAUGACCUCGUAAUUGAUCUGGAUCCAGCGUUGUGCACGCGCUAUGCACAGAACUUGGCCCCGAACGCCCAGUCCUUUGUGACGAAGGGCGAUAAGUACAAGAACUUGGGCUCGUUCCAGAAGAGUGUCUUUGGCGAUGAGAUCCUAAUCGGCUUCGAUCCUGCUGCCGAGUAUCUUGCAGAAUUACAGAGAGCAUAUGGAGAUAUUGCACUGUUCUUCCAUGACCGAUAUGGUGGUACGCAGAUUGGAGUUCUUUGGAACCCGAUCACGCUGAGCCCAAGGGCCUGGAAGGUCAACCUUGGCUUCAACAGCAGGCCUGCAGAUGUGAACAAGGAUGGGGUAAUGGAGGUUAAGAAGGAGCAGCAGGACUCGAAAUCAAAGGGCGGCAAGACGGGCGCCGGAUCCAAACUGGUGGUGCCUAACAUCGAAGCGCUAAUUAGUGAGAUGGAGAGGGUCGGCCAUGGUCUUGUGCGGUCCAUCCAGAUCAACCGGGAUCCCACUGCGACUAACUAAUCAGGGGGCGACUUUACUAUAUUUCCGUAUCCAUUUCAG